UAAGAAAGCUCAAACUUGUUUGUUUUUAGAAAUGAAAUCAGCCGAAGUGAACAUAGCUAUGUUAAAGCCCGCAACACAGAGCUCUACGUUUGAAGCAGUAGGAACGUAUGGGGCCGCCUUUGCGACUGAUGGACUUGUGCUGAACCUUCAAAAUGGAUACUGGUGUACGCAUACACGUGGUGAAUUUAAUCCAUGGCUUAUAAUUGAUCUUCAGGAUACGUUUGAAAUAAAGAAAGUUGUCCUGGUUAACAGACAAGAUGGACAUGGUGACAGGUUGCAUGACGUCGAAGUGAGAGCUGGUCUAGACGGUGUAUCGUUUCCUGGAAUCUGUGGAUACUUCGAGGGACCCGGUCUUACUGGAGAGAGCGUCAAUAUGUUUUGCCAGGAGAAUACAAUUGGACAAUUUGUCCGUGCUCAGAUCGUGUUGGGAUGGUAUCCUGAGUAUUUAUCCUUGUGUGAAAUGGAGAUUUUUACAUGAUAUAUAUACUCUCGAAAGUUGA